AAACACUAUAUCUACCACCAACGCACCAACGCACCAACGCACCAUGGCCUGCGACAAAGGAUUUUCGAGUAGCUAUUUUCUACUGAAGCCAGAAGAAGUUGGCUUCUUUGAUCUGGUUCACAUUCUGUUCUCCUCCAACGUUGAGGAAGGAAGGUAUGCAGAUUACUCUAAGAGUGAGGGCACAGUCACAGAUGAUACGAUCAGCUUCAGACGCAGAUGGCUUAUGUUUAUCUCCAUCUUGGCUCAAAAGUUUCUGCAACUUGUGUCAAAGCCACUCUCAGUUUUAGGGUCGGCGACUGAAAUGUGUUUGAACCUUCUGUCAAGCAACCGCAACAUUUUUGUGCUCAUACUCAAUUCCUUCCGAGGGAAGCUGGUAAAGCCAGAUAAAUCAUCGGCAAUAUUUCUGUCAUUUAUAGGGAAUAUGGACAAGCGGUUGAAGUUAGACAGUAGCAUCAAACAUGAUGAUGCCAAUUACCAUGCAGCACUCUCUAUGAUGGCUUCUAAAGCUUCUUAUGAAAACAAGACCUACAUUGAAACUACUGUGAAUGAUCACUGGAAGAUGGAGUUCUUGGGAUUUUAUGACUUCUGGAAUGAUUAUCAACAAAAAGCCACAACACAAGCCUUCUUGCUUCGUGAUAAAACUGGUGACCAUGACACCAUUGUUGUGGCCUUUAGGGGAACUGAACCUUUCGACGCCGAUGCAUGGUGCUCCGACUUUGACAUCUCAUGGUACGAGCUUUCAGCCGGGGUUGGAAAAAUUCAUGGUGGCUUUAUGAAAGCUUUAGGCUUACAAAAGAAUGUUGGUUGGCCUAAAGAAAUCAAAAAAGAAGACGGGCAGCCAGCCGUAGCUUACUAUGCCAUUAGAGAGAUGCUAAAAGAAAUUUUGAGCCAAAAUGAUCAAGCGAGAUACAUUGUGACAGGGCAUAGUUUGGGUGGGGCUCUAGCAAUUCUGUUUCCUGCAGUUCUGGCUCUGCACAAUGAGGCAUGGUUAUUGGAGAGGUUGCAAGGGGUGUAUACAUUUGGGCAGCCAAGGGUAGGAGAUGAGAAAUUUGGAGAGUUCAUGAGAGAAAAAUUGAAAGAGCAUGGUAUUCGAUAUUUUAGAUUUGUUUAUGGUAAUGAUAUGGUGCCUAGGUUGCCUUAUGAUGACAAGGACUUAAUGUUCAAGCAUUUUGGGACAUGCCUCUACUAUAAUCGGCAGUAUGAAGUGAAGGUUGUUGCAGAAGAACCGAACAAGAAUUAUUUUUCACCACUGGGGGCAGUACCAAUGAUGAUAAAUGCCUUCUGCGAGCUGAUUAGAAGCUUCACUAUUUCACGCACAAAGGGACCAGACUAUAAAGAAGGAUCUUUUCUAAGAAUUUUUAGGGUCAUUGGCUUGGUACUUCCAGGCGUUCCAGCUCAUAGCACCCAAGAUUAUGUUAAUGCUACCCGGUUGGGAUCAUCAAACGUAUUCCUCCCAUCCACAAACAUACCGCAAGAAGUUUAGGGUUUAAAAUCCUCACCCUUGUAAAACCAUAAAAGAAGAUUAAUAACGGCAUAUAUUUCGUGUGA